AUGCUCGGCCGCAGCAGCGACACGCCCCCGCGCGGCCUGCGCUGGCGCUCGCACACGCUCUUCAUCACCACCACCGUCGGCAUGGGCGCCUUCACCGACCUGUUCCUGUACGGCCUGAUCGUGCCCGUGCUGCCCUUCCUGCUCAAGGACCGCGUCGACAUGCCCGAGUCGCAGGUGCAGGGCUCGAUUUCCAUGCUUCUGGCGGUCUACGCGGCGGCGUCGUGCGCGACCUCGCCUGUGGCGGGCGUGCUGGCGGAUAAGUUUGCGUCGUCGCGGCAGCUGCCGUUUACGAUCAGUUUGGGCUUGUUGGCGGCUGCGACGGUUAUGUUUGCGUGGGGGCGGAGUAUUGCGGUGCUGGUUGUGGCGAGGGUGCUGCAGGGGGCUUCGGCGGGUGUGGUGUGGACGGUUGGCCUGGCCAUCAUCGUUGAGACGGUGGGUCAAGAAAAUCUCGGAAAGACCAUGGGGACGAUCUUCAGCUUCAUAUCUGUCGCGGGCCUCUUCUCGCCCAUCUGCGGCGGUCUGCUCUACGCUAAGACAGGCUACAACGGUGUAUUCGGCGUCGGAAUUGGUCUCGUAGCCAUCGAUUUCAUCCUACGAAUGCUGAUGAUUGAGAAGAAAGUGAGGGACAAGUACUUAUCAGACUCCAACACCAGCACCGACAGCACGAACGGAGACGAAGGCACAGAGCAGACACCUUUGCUUCCGGACUCCUCCACCCCACACAUCGACGAACGAUACCGCCUCACACCCCCCAAGAACCGCAUCACCCGCGAACUCCCCAUCCUGCUGCUCCUCCUCGACCCCGGCCUCCUCACCGCGAUCCUAAUCGCCUUCAUGCAAGCCGCGCUCCUCGGCUCCUUCGACGCCACCGUCCCCCUCGUCGCCGAAUCCGCCUUCGCCUUCAACAGCCUACGCGCCGGCCUGCUCUUCCUGCCGCUGGGCUGCGCCGACUUCCUGCUGGGUCCCGUGUUCGGAUGGGCCGUGGACCGCUACGGCCCGCGCUCCGCGCUGCGCGCGCGCCUCGACAACGGGCAGCUUGUUGCGGUGUACGCGGGCGUGCUGGCGCUCAACGGUGCGGGGUUGGCGGCCAUCGGGUCGCCGAGUAUUGUCGAGGCGGGGCGGCUGGUGGAGAACUAUGCGCGUGCGAAUCCGGGCGUGUUCAGCGAGGGCGCGCCGUGGGCGCAGUUGUAUGGGAUCAACAGCAUGGUAUUCAGCGGGGGUUUGACGGUGGGGCCGCUGGUCGCUGGGGCGUUGCGGGAGCGGAUCGGGUAUGGGAAUAUGAACGCGGUGUUGGCUGGGGUGUGUGUGCUUACGGCGGUGCUGGCUGCGCUGUUCAUUGGGAGGAAGGAGGGGAAGGGGGAUCAGGACGAGUGA